UUAUCAACAACAACAACAACAACAUGGUCAACCGCCUAUGUUUUCACCCUCUGAUGAAAGGUAUUAUCCUGGUGGCUCUGCUCCUUUAUUUUCUCCAACAACAACAACAAAUAAUGAUAGUAUUCAUAACCGACCUUCCACUUCUUCAACAUUAGCACCACCUCAAGAUAAAUUAUUCAUUGAAGAUGAAUUCAUAGAUGAAGAACUAAGAAGACGAAGAUUAGGUGAGGCCUUAUUACAACGACAAUUAGAAGAAGAUGGUGCCUCAGUUAAACAUGCGGGUCGAUUUACUCGUGUUAAAAGUUUAGCUGACAUACAGAAAAGUGCUGUUUUUGAGCAAAAUCCCGAAAAGCAAUAACAUAUAUAAAUAUAUAGAUAUGAAUAUACAUGUAUAUAAAUAGUUGUAUACACAUCUAUUUGUAUAUCUAUUUUUUUGUACUAUUUAUGUGUAUAUACUAAUAUACAGGCAUAUAUAUUUUUGUGAAAAAAAAAAAAAAAAAUCUAAAUUUUCUAUAAUUCAGAUAGACCUAUCUUUUUUUCUUUUUUCCCCACUCUUUUACCCUUAUACCUCUUUCUUUCUCU